CACCCACCUAGAGGCCAUAUUGGAAUCUAUGAAGUCGAGCUGCACUCUGGUGGAACUGUGUACCGUUUUGGGAGACUUCAAAACGUUUCCCGGUUUCCUACCCGAGUGAUUUCGUCGGGCAUUCGACCUGAGACAUUCUUAAACCUGGAGGACAAGUUGUCUCACUGUGUUUGCGCGGAAAAAUGAGUCCAACCGAUGCUAAACGAGGAGCUAAGCGCAGGAAGAACAAGCGGGGCGGUGGCAGUAGCUGCAGUGCUGUCUGCAACAGCAGCAGUGCCAAGGCCCUGAGCUGUGCGGGGACAGCUACACCUGCCUCCGUGGUCAACUUUUUAUCCCCUGGAAGCACGAGCAACGGAAAUGUAGGCUCCAUCACGGGCAUCAACGGAGAGGUCAAUAUGAACAACAGUGUGGCCCCACAGUUCACAGAAGGACCAGUAAACGCAGACUUCUCCAGUGUCCUUCAGACUCCAUUCACGUUUGGUCUGAACCAGCGCGCACCGUACUCGGCUGGAGACCGCUGCCUGUUGUGCCGCUGUGAGAGGAAAGACAACACCUCGCCCUCAGACACUGGGACCUCUGGACAGAAUGGCCCGGGACAGUCCAGUCCCAGCAGCUCUCUGCAGCUCCCCCUGUGGGUGUGUCCCGACUGUAGACGCACCGUGGAGAAGGAGGACCGCCACACCACUUUGGAGCAGCCCACGGGGUGCCAGAACUUCCUGUUGCACAUGCCUAUGGGGAAUGGAACCGUGACACAGGAAGUAACUCUGGGGGACAGACUGAGCAGCGCAGCCCCUCCUCUCCCUACGCUCCCCGCUCCGGACCUGUCUGCCCCCCUGUCCGCUGACACUGUGUGCAGCUGUGAGGCCUGCAAUGAGAGGCGGGAGAUCUCUGCAGAGUCGGAGAGAGAAUCCCAGCAGCUGCAGAACCACUGGUCGGAGGUGCGGUACCUGGUGCGAUGUAUCUACCGUCAGACCGGCACCCCUCUCGCAGACGACCAUGACCAGCCGCACGAGCGAGACAAGGAGGGCAUGAAGGAACUGGUGGACAGAUUGUGUGAGAAGGACCCAUACCAGCUCUAUCAGCGUUUGGAGCAGCAGGCCCGGGAAUAUGUGCUGGAGAUGAAGGUGCGCUUGCUGAAGCACCUGUCCGUGGGGGGGCCAGGGAGCAGUGUGGCUGUGUCCCAGGGCCCCCCUCAGGCACAUCAGUUCAUCUCUCUGCUGCUGGAGGAGUACAAUGCCCUGUGUCAGGCUGCACGCACCAUCAGCAGCUUCCUCCUCACUCUGGAGAACGAGCACCUUCAGAAGUUCCAGGUGACAUGGGAGCUGCACAACAAGCACCUUUUUGAGAAUCUGGUAUUCUCAGAACCCAUCUUGCACAGCAGUUUACCUGCACUGGUUUCACAGCUUAAGCAUGGCACAGCUUCUCACGACUCUUACAGUGAGGACAUGUACAGGGCCCUGUUGGAGAGGUACCAGCAGCUGCAGCAGGAGAUGACGUCUGUGGCGGCACAGUGGCAAGAGUGUGAGAAGAGGAUAGACGACUAUGUAGAUGAACAGCUUCUUUUUAAGGUUGAGGGCCAGAGUCUUACUUACCAAAGAACCGAACCUCAUAAAUCCCUGGUUAGCAAAAAUACCUUAAAGGCCAAGCAGCGGAUGCUAAAGGAGGACUGGGAGUUUUUCAAGCAGAGAAGAUUUUUAGAGGAGCAGAUGCCUAAUAAAAAGUCCAACUCUGGAGACAACUUUACAGACACUAUGAGAAUGCUCUCUUCACGUUUAAGUAUUCCUGACUGCCCAAACUGCAACUAUCGUAGAAGGUGUACGUGUGAUGACUGCAGCCUCUCCCACAUCCUGACCUGUGGCAUCAUGGACUCCCCCAUCGCAGAGGACCUGCACAUCAAGCUGCCACUGCAGGGAGAGCCUCCACGGGACUACCUGUCUGAGGUGCACCCCCCCAGUCUCUCCUCCGGCAGCUCAGCCUCCGGAUCCAACUCCAGCUCCCCCAUCACCAUCCAGCAACACCCACGGCUCAUCCUCCCAGAUGGAGAUCCCAACACAUUUAUUAGCGAUGAUUAUGAAGUGCUCCCCUUGUCCAGUAAAUUCGGGGACAUCUACCCUUUGAGCGGUUAUGAGGACGGCAGCGUUGUGAGGUCUGUGAAUGGGCUUCACCAUGAGCUGAACGGGGAAGGAGAAAAGACGCUAAAGACUGUGUCUCCUCACUUAACCAGCAGCAGCAGUUCGUCAGAGGGGGAUGAGGAGGAGGCCGAUGGUGGGGAGCCUCCAGGGCAGCAGAGGGAGCUAGGCAAAAUUCACAGCCCCCCACCUUCAUACAGUCAUCAGCAGCAGGUAGCACCGGUACAGCAUGCUUGUGAGUGCCACGUUUGCACUCAGGACCCUGGUUCUACCACGGUGGGCCCCGCCUCCUGCCUCCCCCCUGGCCGCCUCCACAGUGCCCCCCCUGCUCCCCCUCCCACAGUGGGACACCAGUUCUUCACAGACCCCAAGACGCCCCCCACCCACCCUGCCCUACACCUAUACCCCCACAUCCACGGUCAUCUGCCCCUUCACAACUUCCCCCGGCCUUUACUGCACCCCACCAUGUACCCGCCCAGCCCGCCACUUUCACACAACAAGCCCAUUCCUCCCACCCCAACAUCCAGUCACUCGGCAGCGAAACAGCCCGCCUUCAGUCCAUCCUUACCGGAGCACGUGUACCCAAACUGCUUCAGCGCGCCGGGGGGCACAGGGGACUGGAACAGCUCACUCCAAUGCCUCUCUCUUAAGUUUGAGAAUCUGUGGGACGCUGCUGUCAUGAAGAGUUGGAACCCCUCUGUGCUGCUGCCCGACUCUUUACCAGGUGACAUGCUGGGACCACCCAUGGCUGACAUCCCCCUCCCCCCAGCCUCACCUCUCGGCCCCCAGCCAGACCACUGCUCUCUCCCCACCCCUCCUUCCUCCUCCGUGUCCUCGUCCUCCUCAUCCUCGUCGUGCUCCUCGACAGACGCCAAAGAGCAGAAGAAGAGCGGCGCCAAGAAGAAGUGUCUCUACAACUUCCAGGAUGCCUUCAUGGAGUCCAGCCGGGUCGUCAUGGCAACCUCCGCCUCCACAUCCUCCGUGUCCUGCACUGCCACCACUGUCCAGUCCAAUGAUGUCUUUCACAGUUUGAGUAAAGAGGACCACAGACCUCCCUGUUCCAGUCCCAGAGGCACCUCCACAGGCCUGGGCUCUCUCCCCUCGCUGUCAGGCCCCACCCUGCUCCCAGCCCCAACCUCACACCUUCCCACAAUGGCACCUCCUGCCUUUCCCAAGAUGGCUGCCCCGGCCCCAGACUUCAGCGAGGCACACCAUGGCCUGUGUCUCCCACCCAGUGAACCGCCAGUGUCCUCCACAGAUGGGCCCGGCAGCACCCCACCCAGUGUCUGCAGUGAUCCUGAAUGCGAGGGCCAUCGCUGUGAGGGUAACGGGGCUUACGAGCACCAGCCGUAUGACGGAGAGGAGAGCCAGGAUGAAGACAGCUGCUCCGAACACAGCUCCUCUACCUCCACCUCCACCAACCAGAAGGAAGGGAAGUACUGCGACUGCUGCUACUGCGAGUUCUUUGGACACGGAGGGCCCCCAGCUGCUCCCACCAGUAGAAACUAUGCAGAAAUGCGAGAGAAGUUGCGUCUGCGGCUAACCAAGCGUAAAGAGGAGCAGCCAAAGCGUGAGGAGCAGGCGCCGGUGCUGGACAGAGACGGAGGGGUGGAGGACCACAGGCGGGUGGAGGACCUGCUGCAGUUUAUCAACAGUGCAGACAGUAAACCUCCGUCCAGCUCUAAGGCCGCCAAGAGAGCCCGGCACAAGCAGAAGAAGCUGGAGGAGAAGGCCCGUCUGGAGGCAGAGGCACGCGAGCGAGAGGAGCAGCAGCUGCUUCUGGAGGAGCAGCGGCAGAGACAGGAAGAGACAGAGGCAGCGCUUCAGAAAGAACUGCUCCGCCUCCAGGAACUCCAACACCAGCGAGCCGUCAAGAAGAAGAAGAAAGACAAGGCCAAGGAAAACACAGCCCCCACGCACAACAACCCCCAGCCCCUCAAACAGACUGCCCAGAACGUGCUUGACAGCCUGCAGCUCCAGAGCCUCAUCCGCCUGCCCGAGCCCAAAGCCUCUACAACCUCAAUGCCCCCCACACUCCCCACGCCUCCCACAGCCCCCUGCCCUAAACGCACCAGCGACAAGGCCCUCAGCAUGGACACCACAGUGCUUAGCUCCACCCUGCACAACAGCACAUCCCCACACAUCGAGGUGAACGGGAAAACCAAGAGCAAGCAGACAAAGACGACUCCCAGCGAGACGCCCGCACCCAAGAAGAGCCCAGAACCAGGGGCCAAGCUUACCAAUGGGACCCCCUUUCCACCUGCAGACACCAAAGCUCCCCGCCUCCGGCCCCUAGAAGUUCCCCUGGUCCCAAAUGCGGAGGUCAGACCCAACAACAGAAGCGCCAGUGGGAAGAGGCCACAGCAGACUGUGGUUCAGGUGAAGGAGGAGCGGGGCAGCCCACCCGUGAAUCACCAUUCCCCCUCCCCACCACCGCCUGCUCCAGCCCCCCCACAUCAAGAGCAGAACGGGAAACCAGCCAGUGCAGAGUCUCCACAGCCCAAGUCCAAGAGCAAGAAGAACAAGAAGAAGAAGAGCGACAAGCUCAAUACAUCGAUCGAUGAUGUUUUUCUGCCCAAAGACAUAGACCUGGACAGCACUGAAAUGGAUGAGACGGAGAGAGAGGUUGAAUAUUUCAAAAGGUUCUGCUUGGACUCUGCGCGACAGACACGCCAACGACUUUCCAUCAACUGGUCGAACUUCAGUUUGAAAAAGGCCACGUUCGCUGCUCACUGAGGUCGCGGGUCACAAUCAGAACAUUACUCCGCCCCCUCCCCUGGACUCUACCCCCUCUGUGCCCACUCCUCACACACGUGCUGCCUUGCUUCCCUCACGCGUCCAGACCUCCCACCAACACAACAAAACCCCCCGCGUGCUUCUGUGCGCUUUUAGUUCACCUGAUUGAACAAGCCAUGGUCGAAAAUGAUUUCUACCUGUAGUCAAACAGAUGCUUAUAUUAUAAUGUCAGAGAGGUUUCCACACCAAAAAAGACAAAUAUGGAAACGUUAAAAAAAGAUGUACUAAAUGAAAGCUGUAUUUGAGACACUGUGGCUUACUGUCCCGUGGUGCACCUGCCCCCCAGCACGCCCCCUCACCAGGUCUGACAGGGGCUCUGCUGCUCCUCCCCUCCUCCCCCCUCCAUAGCACCAUCCCAUUUCACACACAGGAGGAAAGAGGAAAAUACUUGACAAUGUUCUUUUUUGUUUUGUUUUUAAGUUCUGUUUAACAAACUGUUGAGUAAAAAUGUUCCAGUUCCACUUGUUUUCUUUCUUUUUGACCUGUAGCCAGCUUGUAUGAGAAUGAAUUGAAAAAGCAGAAUACUCACACUAUCAGUCUGUUCUAGAGUGUAUAUUGUAUUAACACUGAAGCCAAACUGGCUACUUUUAACAUAUUGUUAAGUAAUAUUAAAUCUUGUCUUUCUUUUUUGAAAGAUGGAAUACAGUAGUAUGGCAGGAG